AAAACGACAUUUUAUGCUCCAUACAAAUCACAUCACCCCAUCACCAAAAGGAGAAAGAAAUUAAAGAAAGAAAAAACAGGACAAAAGAGCAUGAGUGAAGAGGAAAACCCCAAGUAACGGACGCAAAAGCAUUAGAAACAUCUAAUCCACCCCCACCGCCGUGCUCCUCCACCUACCACCGCCAUCUAUAAAUAGUUGAAGCAAAAUCAAGAGGGAGGAAACGGGAAAUACGGCCGAGCUUAUUUUCAACUCUCCCAUGAUCAGAAAAAAUAUCUAUUUAUAAAAUAAUUAAACAAAAUUGAUUACUGUAUGGGGUGAUUUUUUUUUUGAAAUAAUUUAUACUGUGGUAUAGAUUUCAAUUUUCAGACACAGUUGAAGUUCACUUGACAAAUGUGAUGAGUGACAAGAAGACUAGUAGUCCCAGCAGUAGUAGCAUCGGGAGUGAGGACCGUCCGGAAAUGUCUGAGAACGCGGAGCCGCCGCGGCCGUCAUCUUCUACUUCAGAUUUCGCCGCCGCCGCUAAAUCCCGCGUCUUCCACUCUGCUGCCGCCGGAGGCGGUGGGGAGGAUACCUGCUGCUUCCCUCCGAACUCAGAUCACGUCCUGGAGAAUGUGCUGGAAAACGUUCUCUGCUUCUUGACCGAUCGACGCGACCGGAACGCGACGUCGCUGGUCUGCAAGUCGUGGUACCGGAUUGAGGCCAUGACCAGAUCCGAAGUAUUCAUCGGAAACUGCUAUGCCGUUUCGCCUCAACGCGUCACGGCUAGGUUCAGCCGGGUCACCUCGGUGAUUGUUAAGGGAAAGCCCAGGUUUGCUGAUUUCGGCAUGCUUCCGCCGGACUGGGGUGCGCGCGUGGACACCUGGCUUGCCGCCUUUUCCCAGCCUUACCGUGCACUCGAGAAACUGUACCUCAAACGCAUGGUUCUCCUCGACGAAGAUAUGCAGACGCUGGCUGAGGCUUUCUCGAAUCUGGAGGAGCUAGUUUUGGCCAGUUGCGAAGGUUUCGGAACUUAUGGACUUGCUUGCGUCGCCAGUGAUUGCAGGAAAUUAAGGGUGCUUGAUUUGACGGAGUCUGAGGUCAUUGAUGAUGAUGUGGACUGGAUUUCAUGCUUUCCAGAAGGUGAAACAUGCCUUGAGUCGUUGGUCUUUGAUUGUGUGACAAGUGAGGUGAAUUAUAAAGCAUUGGAAAGAUUGGUGAUGAGGUCUCCUUCUUUGAAGAAGCUUAAGUUGAACCAGGAUGCUUCUAUCGGACAGCUUUAUAGGCUGAUGGUUAAGACCCCACAGCUUACACAUUUGGGGACUGGAUCAUUUAGGCCCUCAGAAGAAGGUGAUGGUGAACAAGAAGAAGAACUUAACUAUGCUUCUGCUUUUGCUGCCUGCAAAUCAUUAGUUUGUCUGUCCGGGUUUAGGGAAAUACUUCCUGAUUACCUUCCAUCCAUAUACCCCGUUUGUGCCAACCUUACUACCCUUAAUUUCAGUUUUGCCGACAUCAAUGCUGAGCAGCUCAAAGCAGUCAUUUGCCACUGCCACAAGCUGCAGGUUUUCUGGGUACUUGAUUCAGUCUGUGAUGAAGGCCUCAAGGCAGUAGCUGAAACAUGUAAGGAUUUGAGAGAGCUUCGAGUUUUCCCUCGUAAUGCUGAUGAAGACAUGGAUGGUCCUGUUUCUGAAAUCGGAUUGGUUGCAAUCUCCGAGGGUUGCAAGAAACUUAAAUACAUAUUAUAUUUUUGCCAGAGAAUGACCAAUGCCGCAGUCAUUACCUUUUCACAAAACUUACCGGAUAUUGUGGUGUUCCGCCUCUGUAUAAUGGGCCGGCACAGGCCUGACCCGCUAACUGGUGGGCCAAUGGAUGAAGGGUUUGGAGCAAUCGUCAAGAACUGUAAGAAUCUCACCCGCCUCUCCACAUCCGGUCUGUUGACUGACCAAGUUUUUAAUUACAUCGGGAAAUAUGGUAAAUUCGUGCGGACCCUGUCAUUUGCGUUCGCUGGGAACAGUGACUUAGGGCUGAAGUACGUGCUGGAGGGUUGCCCUAAGUUGCAAAAGCUUGAGGUAAGGGAUUGCCCGUUUGGGGACUUGGCUGCCCGUGCUGGUUUGCAUCACUAUUACAACAUGAGAUUCAUUUGGAUGUCAUCUUGCCGAGUAUCGCGUCAAUGCUGUGAGGAGAUUGCACACCAGUUGCCGCACUUGGUGGUGGAAGUGGUUGACUGGAACGAGUUGGGGAGGAAUGAGAACGAUUAUGAUGUUUUGUACAUGUACCGGUCUCUAAACGAUGAACCAAGAACCGAUGCCUCAAAGUUUGUUCAAAUAUAUUGAUGUUAGGAAAUAUGCCGGAAAAGGUGUCAUUGUGGUUUUAUCGAUUUUUUUCCUGCAAGGUCGUCGACCAGCAGGAUAUCGGUGAUUUAUUUAAGGACUGUUUCUUCAAUGUCGUUGUUCAUUUUGUCUUAGAGAUGAAAGAAGCCACAGACACCGCUAGGUGUAAGAAGGGGUGUCCUACAGAAGUGGAAAUUGAGAAAGUUCAUCAUGAUGAUGAUUUGGGUAUACUUGUCAUCCAUUGCAUAAUUCCCAUCUGAUCUGUGUCAGUUUAGACUUUUAGACCUGUUUAUGUUUCUUCAGGUGUGUUGCUUCUUUUGCACCUGGCUGCCGAAUUGAUUUAUUUGUUGUUAUUUUACUAGACAUUUCAUUCCAUUAAUGAUAUGUAUGGUAAGCAUUGUUGAUCAAUAGCUCUGGUUUCCUCAUUUGGUUAUGUUAUCUAUGAAAUUUCCAUAAAAAGCCCAAGUGGAUAAUUUUUAUACUGGAAAUGAUCAUCAAGUUUACAAGUAGGUGACAUUUUAGUCAAAUAAAA